CUUUUCGAGAGACGCCCUCGCGCCCCGCAGGCGGCCCAGGGGAGAGAAGCAGCCUUGGGGGCGGGGGGUGUCACGCACCCGUCAUUGCUCGUUGCCCCGGGCAGCGGUCUCGAGGAGGCGCGUCGGUGCGGACGGAGGGAGCAGCCGAAGAAAACUGAAAUCACCGCGGGGGGCUGCUCUCGCGCGGUGCGACCGGGCACGGCCCUGGGCUGGCUCUGGGGCUAAGCCUCAGUCUCGGUAGAUGGAAGAAUGGCUAGCAACAAUGACUGGUUUCAAGGUUCCAGAGUACCCAGUUUUGCUCAGAUGCUAAAAAAGAACUUGCCCACUGAACCCCCUCCUCAAGUCCCUCCUCAGCCAUCUCCACACCCCGUGAAUAUGGGCCUGAUGUUUUCACCUUCUGAAAAUUACAACAUGCCAAAUUCAGCACGUAAGGGAACACAAAUCACAGGUCAUGUUUCAGACUUGCUGUGUUCCAAAGCAGCCCAUCCACCUCCAAUCACUUCACUUCUUCCAAAGAAAAUACCAAAGGAGUUUAUACUAAAAUAUAAACGUGGGGAGAUAAACCCAGUAUCUGCCUUGCAUCAGUUUGCGCAAAUGCAGCGUGUGCAACUAGAUUUGAAGGAAACUGUUACAACAGGCAGCAUCUUGGGGGCUUACUUUGCUUUUUGUGCAGUGGUGGAUGGAGUUCAAUAUAAGACAGGAUUGGGGCAAAAUAAAAAGGAGUCUAAAUCAAAUGCAGCAAAACUGGCUCUCGAUGAGCUACUCCAGUUGGAUGAUACAGCACCAAAGGUUUUUGAAAGUUCAGGUCCUCCCCGGAUUCCUGCAGAACCCAUAGUUUCAGCUCAAUCAACGUACAUUUCAAAGAUGCCUUAUGAGAGAAGGCAUCUUGUGUAUGAAAAAUUUUCACGAGCUGUCAGGGAAGCCUUUAACAGUCUGACUGCCAAAUAUCCAGAGUACCAGAGUUGUAGCAAUUCAUUGGCUGCUUUUAUAAUUGAAAAAGCUGGACAAUAUGAAGUUGUAGCUCUUGGCACAGGAGAAUUCAAUUACAGUCAGUGCAUUCAUCAUGAUGGGAGAGUGCUGCAUGACACUCAUGCUGCUGUUACUGCAAGACGCUCUCUGCUUAGGUAUUUUUACAGGCAGCUUUUGUUAUUCUACAGUAAAAAUCCUAUUAUGAUGGACAAAUCCAUAUUUUGUAUGGAACCAGCAUCAAGCCUACUCAGUCUAAAACAAAAUAUACAUAUUUUUCUCUACGUGAAUCAGUUGCCAAAAGGAUCUGCUCAGAUAAAGUCACAGUUACGUCUCAAUCCAAAUUCUAUAUCUGCAUUUGAAGCUAAUGAAGAGCUUAGUCUCCAUCUUGCUGUGGAAGGCAAGAUUUACCUAACUGUUUAUUGUCCCACUGAAGCUGCUAACAGAGUAAACAGCAUGUCAGCUAGUGACAAAUUAACCAAAUGGGAAGUGCUGGGUGUCCAGGGAGCAUUGCUAAGUCACUUCAUUCAGCCAGUUUACAUCAGCAGUAUACUUGUUGGGGAUGGAAACUGCAGUGAUACAAGAGGACUAGAAAUAGCUAUAAAACAACGUGUUGAUGAUGCACUCACAUCAAAGCUUCCCAUGUUUUACCUGGUCAACAGACCUCAUAUUAGUUUGGUGACUGCUGCACAUCCACAGAUAGACUUGGAGCACAGAUCUCUUAGUGUGAAUUGGUCACAAGGGGAUGCUUCAUUGGAAGUUGUGGAUGGUUUCAAUGGGAAAAUCACUGAAAGGGGUGGGCAAACUACGGUCCGUGGGCCGAAUCCGUCCCAUCAGCGCUUUGGAUCUGGCCCGCGGGAUUGCCAAAGACAAAAGUUCACCAUUCAAAAGUGGCACUUCAAUGGCAAGCCGUCUUUGCAAGGCUGCAAUGUUAAAUCGUUUCAGACUGGUCUCCAAGGAAGCGAAAAGAAGCGAUUUGCUUGAAGCUAGUACAUAUCAUGAAGCAAAGAUUAAGUCAGCACCGUACCAGGAAGCUAAACAUUUGCUGAAAAGCUACCUAGAGCAGCAUGGCUAUGGAUCAUGGAUUGUGAAGUCUCCGCAUAUUGAACAGUUCAGCAUGUAACUACUAAGCUGAUAUAUUGGUUUUUAUCACCUAUUUAAAUAAAAAAGUUAAUUUUGAGAGUAAAAUAUUUGGAUAUUGGUAGUCUGAAUCUUUCAAAUCAGAGCCAUUUACAGCAAUAACAUGUGAAUGGCUCAAAGACUUCUAUGGUCAAUUUAAACACAAAUAUUAGACUACCUCUUGUAACAAACAAGUCUUACUCAAGACAUGAGUGAUUGUUUUAGAUAAUCUCACAAAGCUGCUAUUAAAGAGUCUUAUCUGUAUUGUUUUGUGGUGUUCUCUAAAGACCCUUAGAUUUUUCCUGUCAAAUUUGGAAUGUCACAGAUUAUAUGUUGAUGUUUCCUGCUUCUCACAGAUGUUUCUUCAGUGAAAUUUCUGUGAAAUUUGGCUUUCUUCAGAGGAUGCUAUUAAUGUCCUUUUAUGGUUUAGUUGUAAGAGUGAAACACAUUUUGAUCUCUGAAAUCAAUCAUACUAACUUAAUGAAAAGUGACGGUUGUUAAUACUGGCUUAAUGCAUCUUUUGUUUGAGUUAAUUUAAACCAGUCUUCAUUGGAAUGCCUUAAUUUAGGAUUAGCCAGUGGAACACUGUAUUAUACAAGUCAGUGCAGGAGGAUAAUAAAAGCUUACUCUGUAUAUUUAGAGGUAAAACUUCAGUAUUGUUAAUAUCAAACUUUUACUUCUCAGAAAUGAUACUUUUGGUGUUUAUCAAUGUUAAGCAUUUUAGCUUCCUAACUUUCAGUGAGUUCAGUAAUAGUGGAAAAGUACACGAUUGAUAGUGUUGGACAAUGAAGUCUUUAGCCACAAUAAGUGUUGCAUAAGUAAUGGUGAAAGUUUCCCUAUAUUGCAUUGACAAUGAGCUUUGCUCCUGACGUGGGAAAUAGGCCUGGUACUUUCCUCUCAUUUAGCUCUCUGAAGCCCACAAUGGGCCUUACUAAUUUGGUUGCAUCCUUUGAGGGCUGGGCUUACAACCCUCUUUGGUCUUUUUCCUGUACCCAAGGUGUGUCUAAAAGUUCUGAAUUAGCUUCCUUCAAAGUCAGUGUUCAGUUUCUUGGUGAAGUAAGUGUGAGUGAAUGAUAUAAUUUAAUGGGAUCUGUUCUGGGACACAUUGAUCAGAAAGAGAGAACAGCUGCUGAGUCAAAUUAUAAAAUUUUUCUUGUUUACUUGUUUCCUGUUCUAACAUUUUAUUGACAAAUUAUCAGAACAGAGGAGAUCCCUACAAUUUUCAUUUAUCUAGAUUAACGUUAAAGUAGCUCCAUUAAGUAGCCUCAUGGUUGUUUUAAGCAGUACUGCAAUUCAGGCUAUCUUGUCUUAUAAAAAUAUUGUGCCACACCAAGUAGCUGCAAAAUUUUAUAAUUUGACUCAGCAGCUGUUUUUCUCUCUGAUCAAUCUAUAUCUGUUUUUAUUCCCUCAAAAAAGCCACAGAGGUUACAGACCAUGUGUUACAUUGUCUUCUGAAACCAGACCAAAAUAGUAAAACUGCUAUGCAUACAGUAUACAUAAAUCACAUUUGUUUUUACAUCAAAAUCUCAAUUAAGCUGUUGUUGUCUUUAAGUAUUCCUUCCCUAUCACCCUAAUUUUUUCUUCUAUGAUACGAUAUAAUAUAUCUUUCAUAUAAACAAUUUCUUAACAAUUACUAGGUGUUCUGUUCCAGACCAGCAGUAAACAUUUUCCCUCAUUCAUUAAAGAGCUUGUUAAAUGGAAACCUAUAGAGAUAAGACUGGGCAUAUUUUAGGAUCACGUUAGUUCAAACUUUGUAUAUUCAGAAAAAGUUACAGUAUUUUUAUCAUCUUUCCAUUGUUGGCCUCUAUAGAAAUUUCAAGGUUGCAAAUGGUAGUGCGGUAUUUUGACAUAGGGCUCUCUACUAGUAAUUAGCAUGAUUCCUCCAACUCAUUUCUGUAGGCUACUAAUGGAUGUCAGUGACUUUAGGUCAGUGGUAUCAUGGUGGUGUAUAGUCAAAAUAGUGACAAAAGGGUGAGAGAUGCUGUGUUCCAUUAUGAGUCUAUUAAGCAAAUUCAUUCCCUAGAUAUAAAGCAUCAGUGGCAAAACUGUUUGCCGAAUGGGUAUAUUUUCCUUAAGUUACAGUAGUAAUACUAAUUUGUUUUCAAGAAAGAAAGUUUAAACGGGUGUUAGAGGUAAAUACCUACUCUUGUUUUAUGUUUUUAUAGAAUGUUAUGAUACUUGAAAAAAUAACAAUUAGCUUAAUUUUGCUGUUUGACUUUUUGUAUUUCACUCAAGAUGAUGAAAGCUGGACUUGUGUUUAGUCAGUUUCAUUUUGUACACUAAGUGUAGUGCUAUAAAGUGGGUUUGAGCUUUUUGUUGAAGGAGGGAUAUACUAAAACAAAAGCCUGUUUUCCAUUUUUGUGUGUGUUUAUACCAGUAACUGCUUGUAUGUGGUUGAGUAAAAUGAACAGUAGGACCUUCAAUAAAACCAAGAUUUCUAUCAGA